AACAAAGAGGCGGCGGGCACGGGCGGCCGAGGGGAGCCGAGGGGAGCCGAGCGCAGCCGAGCCGGGCCGAGCCGGGCCGGGCCGGGCCCAGGAGCGCGCGGGCUAUGCGGGCUGCCAGGCCGGGGUCGACGGGCCCCUGAACCCGGCGCCCCGGACCAGCGAGGAGCCCCGCCGCGGCCGCGCGCCCGAGGCGGCCGGCCCGCCAUGGCCGGGGUCAGCUACACGGCGCCCUGGUGGGUGACCCUCCUGCAUCGGCUGCCGCACUUGAACCUGCGCUGGGAGACCACCAGCAGCCAGUUCCGACCCGAGGACACCGACUACCAGCAGGCGCUGCUGCUGCUGGGCGCCGCCGCGCUGGCCUGCCUGGCCCUGGACCUCCUCUUCCUGCUCUUCUACUCCUUCUGGCUGUGCUGCCGCCGGCGCAAGAGCGAGGAGCAUCUGGACGCCGACUGCUGCUGCACCGCCUGGUGCGUCAUCAUCGCCACGCUGGUGUGCAGCGCCGGCAUCGCCGUGGGGUUCUAUGGCAACGGGGAGACCAGCGACGGCGUCCAUCGGGCCACCUACUCGCUCCGCCACGCCAACCGCACAGUGGCAGGCGUCCAGGACCGCGUGUGGGACACGGCCGCCGCCCUGAACCGCUCCGCCGAGCCCAGCCUUCAGAGCCUGGAGCGGCAGCUGGCCGCGCGGCCGGAGCCCCUGCGGGCGGUGCAGCGGCUGCAGGGCCUGCUGGACACGCUGCUGGGCUACACAGCCGCCAUCCCGUUCUGGAGGAACCCGGACGUGUCCCUGGAGACGCUGGCCGAGCAGGUGGACCUCUAUGACUGGUACAGGUGGCUGGGCUACUUGGGCCUGCUUCUGCUGGACGUCGCCAUCUGCCUGCUGGUGCUGGUCGGCCUCAUCCGCAGCUCCAAGGGCAUCCUGGUUGGGGUCUGCCUGCUGGGGGUCCUGGCCCUGGUCAUCAGCUGGGGUGCACUGGGCGUGGAGCUGGCUGCGUCUGUGGGGUCCAGCGACUUCUGCGUGGACCCCGACACCUACGUGACCAGGAUGGUGGAGGAGCACUCGGUGCUGAGUGGGGACAUCCUGCAGUACUACCUGGCCUGCUCGCCCCGCGCCGCCAACCCCUUCCAGCAGAAGCUGUCGGGCAGCCACAAGGCGCUGGUGGAGAUGCAGGACAUCGUGGCCGAGCUGCUGAGGACCGCGCCCCGGGAGGCCCCGGCCACCAAGGACCCUCUGCUCCGCGUCCAGGAGGUGCUGAACGGCACGGAGGUGAACCUGCAGCAGCUCACGGCCCUGGUGGACUGCCGCAGCCUGCACCUGGACUACGUGCAGGCCCUGACCGGCUUCUGCUACGACGGCGUCGAGGGCCUCAUCUACCUGGCGCUGUUCUCCUUCGUCACCGCGCUCAUGUUCAGCUCCGUUGUCUGCAGCGUCCCGCACACCUGGCAGCAGAAGAGGGGCCCGGACGAGGACGGGGAGGAGGAGGCCGGCCCGGGGCCGCGGCAGGCGCACGACAGCCUCUACCGCGUCCACAUGCCCAGCCUGUACAGCUGCGGCAGCAGCUACGGCAGCGAGGCCAGCAUCCCGGCCGCGGCCCACACCGUCAGCAACGCCCCGGUCACAGAGUACAUGAGCCAGAAUGCCAAUUUCCAGAACCCCCGCUGUGAGAACACCCCCCUCAUCGGGCGGGAGUCCCCACCACCCUCACGGUAUCUGGCUGCCCUGGACUCUGGCAGCCACACGGGCUGGCAGUUUAAGCCCCUGGACAGUGCCCGAGCACGGUGGUGGCCGUGCCCUCAGAGCGACAGUACACGUCCAGCAUGAGAGCCAAAUACCUCGCCACGAGCCAGCCUCGCCCCGACUCCAGCGGCAGCGGCCACUAGACCGCCAGGCCGGCCCCCGCCCCACGUGCCAAUCGCCCCGUCGCCCCCAGGCCAGCACUGCUGCUCCCGCCUCCCCCGGGGCUGCCCGCCAGGCCCGCCCUCCCUUCCUGCAGGAGCCCGGACACCCAGCCCCACGCCCUCCACCCUCCCAGGGUUCAAGUUCACAGAGCCCUGCUCCGGGCCACCCAGCCAGCGCUGCGCCCCGGGGACCCUGGAACCCUGCCGCUCCCGCCUCGCCGCGCCCUCCUUCCCUCCGCAGCCCUGACGCCCUGGGCCACUGCGUGCCCCGGUGCCGGCGCCUCCUCGCUCCGCUCCGCAGUGCGUCCCCCCUUCUCUCCCCCCGAGGGGCCGCCUUUGCUGCCUCCGCCCGCCCCCCAUCGCUUUCUCCCUCAGCAGCGCCGGACCCUCCACGCCGCGGGAGGGCGCCAGGCGCCACGCCCAGCCCAGGCCGCUCACCCAGUGCUGGCCGCCCUCUUGGUGCCAAACCCCUCCCUCUCCCCCCAGACUCGGCAGCUGGUUCCAGUUCCCUCUUGCACUAACCACACUCAUCAUCAUCUCUAGGGCAGGCGGGCCGCGGGGGCUGCUGGCGAGCACACUCCCCCCGCCCCCGUCCACCCAGGACAGGUGCAGUGUCCCGAGCCUCCUGUGAAUGAGCCCCAGCCCCUGCCGCCCCCGGGGACUAACCACUAACCUCACCCCAGCCGCCCGCCGGGGUCCCCUGGCCGGGCUGGCGAGUGGGACCCCGAGUCCAGGACAGCUAGCCGGGAGUCCGGCCGGAGCCUCCGGUUCUUCUCGGGCACUGCUGCCGGGGGGGGGGGGGGGGGCGCAUGGGCAGCCUGCCCGGGGCCCCGAGAGCCCUCCCCAGGCCGGUGUUGCCCCGGGCGGACUGAGGGCUGCAGGACCGUGGUCCCUGUGGCCUCGGUCUCCCUACCUGUGAAGUGGGAGCGAGGCUCCCUUGGGUGCUUUUGGCUUCAGUGUACAAUGUUUGCCGUUUCCUGCCGGGGGCGGGGGCAGCCCCACGCUGGGACAGGACGGCCCCUGCCAGCCCCAGCCCUGGCGUGGCCGGCCUCUCACGAAGGGGCUGGUGCCGGCUGAGGCCUGUGAUGCCCCCGGCCAGGGUCCCAGAGAGGGAGCUGGGCAGCUGGCCGGGCAGUUUACAGACCAGGGGGCGCACGGGGCAGCACCCCGCCUGGGCCCGCCUCAGAGAGGCCGCCGGCAUCCCUCUGGGACCUCCCUCCUCUGUGCUGGUGUCUGGGACCAAACGGGCAGGCGGGCCAGGCCGCACCUGCCCCGCCCAGGGUCGGCCUCCGCCCUGGGAAGGGAGGGGCGUGAGUGGGCUCACACUGGGCUCCUGGGAUGGCCGGACCUCGCCCUCACUGCGCUGCGGGACGCUGUGGGACACUGCGGGCCACAGCCUGCCUGCCCGCCUGUGCCCUGGGCUCCGCCCUGCGGCCGUGGCCGUGGCCUGAGCAUCCCGGCCUCCCACCAGUAGGGCCCAGCAGUCCUGUGGUGCCUGCCUCGUGCUCCGCACAGCCCGGCAAGGCCGCCCCAGGUGCAGUGGGUCUCGGGGGCAGCAGCCCCGCCCACGCCCUGU